CAAACCUCUUAAUCUCUCUCUCUACCCCUCUCUCUCUCUCUCUCUCUCUCUAAUCAUUUCUUGGUUCGACCAGAUAAAGCCUAUAAAUUCGGGUCGAAUCGUGGAAGGUCCGUUUCCAGAGCUGGGUAACUCCGUCCGAGAGGUUGAACUGCGGUGUUCGGAGCUGGUUCCGGGUUCGGAUUCUAGGGUUCUUGAGGGCUUCGAGAAUGGCUCAGGCGACCGGGAGGGGUAGGGUGGUCGGGGAGUACCUGGUGGGGCGGCAAAUCGGGUCCGGUUCGUUCUCGGUGGUGUGGCACGCCAGGCAUCGAGUCCACGGGACCGAGGUGGCGAUCAAGGAGAUCGCUACGGGCCGGCUCAACAAGAAAUUGCAAGAAUCUCUAAUGUCGGAGAUCUUUAUCCUCAAGCGGAUUAACCACCCUAAUAUUAUUCGCUUGCACGAUAUUAUUCAGGUUCCUGGGAAGAUACACCUUGUACUGGAGUACUGCAAAGGGGGUGAUCUUUCUGUGUACAUUCAACGCCAUGGAAGAGUCCCUGAAGGCAUUGCAAAGCAAUUCAUGCAGCAGCUAGUGGCUGGACUACAAAUUCUUCGGGAAAAUAAUCUUAUACAUCGGGAUUUAAAGCCGCAGAAUCUCCUUCUCACCACUAAUGACAACAAUUCAGUUUUGAAGAUUGCAGAUUUUGGAUUUGCAAGAUCUCUGCAACCUAGAGGCCUCGCAGAAACCAUGUGUGGUUCACCGCUUUACAUGGCACCAGAGAUAAUGCAACUUCAGAAGUAUGAUGCAAAGGCAGAUCUCUGGAGUGUUGGUGCCAUUUUAUUUCAGCUUGUUACUGGAAAAACGCCAUUUACUGGAAGCAAUCAAAUACAGUUGCUCCAGAACAUUGUGAAAUCAACUGAAUUGCCUUUCCCUCAAGAUAUCCAGGGUUUGAGUUCUUACUGCAAAGAUUUGUGCCAGAAAUUGCUGCGCCGUAAUCCAGUUGAACGAUUAACAUUUGAAGAGUUUUUCAACCACCCAUUCCUUUCUCAGAAACAACCAGCUGCAUCGCCGAGGAGUAGGAGCUCUUCAAGACUAGCGGAUGAAUUUACUUCAUCUGAAUGUGAUCCUGUGAGAAAUAUGGAGGAAAGUUCUCAUGAGGAUUGUCUGCCUUUCUUUUUAGAUGAUGACUCUAGUGGUCCUGAGGGUAGCCCAUCUUUCUUAAGGAGGAGGUCCUCAAUGAAGUCUUCUUUUGGAUUUUCCCUUGAUACAAAAGGUGAUAGAAGGGAAGCAGCAUCUACCACUUCUAAUAACAUGAAUCUCUCUUUCGGAUAUGGUAGUGCCACAGAUAAUUUGGAAAGUACUCAUCCUAAGGUGGACAGCCAUCGACCCUCAGAUAGAAGUUUAGCUGAUCCUCUGAAAUCCAUGGACCAGAGAUCUUCAAACACUCGAUCAAGAGUCAUGGAUUCGCUAGAUUUAAUUGAUCAAGAUUAUGUUGUUGUGUCUGGACCUCCAAUGGAUAUGUCGUCUUCCUCAGCAAGUCCUUCCAAGCCAAGCCAUUCUCCAUACAAAUCACAGAGUCCUCCUGAAGCAGUUUUUAACAUGACCGCCAAAUCAAGUUCCCCAAUGCCAAUCAUUGGCGCACAGAGUAGUAAAAUGUGUCCCAUUGGAAGCUUAGAAAGUCAGAGCUCUGCUCCAGGCACUUCACAGGGAUCAGUGGAUAUGGGAGACACUUUAGAGCAGCCAUCUACUCACUGCAUGACGAGGAUUAAAUCAUUACAGCAGUGUGCCUCUGCCAUUAAAGAUUUAAUAAAUGAAAAGAUCGAGGCAGAUAGGCAACUAGAAGCAUUCUCGAUUCAGCUUGUAAUUCUUGCAAUUUGGAAGCAAGCCUUGCAUAUAUGCCAUACACAAGCUGCCUCAGCCAUGGAAGGAAGUCCAGGCCAAGAGAUUCCAAGAUUUAGGAGGAGCACCAGCAAGAAAUAUGGUAGUUCUGACACAGAAGAACAUCUUGAUGUUUGCAGUACUCAAUUGCCCGAGGAUAUUUCCUCUCAGAUUGAGAGAGAAUUUCUCCUGGAAGUUGAACAUGCUGAAGAACUUGCUAAGGUUAUUGAACCUGGCAAUACGGAGAUGCCAGAUGCAAUGGAGACAAUAUUUGACUCUGCCCUUGCUUUUGGGAGGCGCGGAGGCGUUGAGGAGCUCAUGGGUAAUAUGGAAAGUGCAGCAGCAUUGUAUUCAAAAGCUGUGCUUUUGUUAGUCUUCCUUCUAGUGGAAGCACCAUCCCUCAUUGUCAAUCCUCCAUUCUCCCUCACAAACUCGGACCGGUAUAGGCUCCGAGGUUACAUUGACAUCAUUAAAAACAGGCAAUGUUAUUCAAGGUCUCAGCGGAUGGCUGUUCUAAAGUGCGAGGAUCAACACUGCCCCCCUUAAAUAAAUACAAAGCAAGAUUUUAGUACCAUUUCUUGAUGACUUUGCAUCCUCUUACUCUGUAAAAUUAUUUGUUUGUACAGUUAUUCUUUGCGUGACUGGGGGAAUUGGGAGGUUGACUGGAGUUGACCUAUAUUAGGGUAGGCUGUUGUAAUAUUACAAUUUUGUGAUUUAAAGAAUGAUGAAAUGCGCAUUCCUUCUA